AUGAAGAACUUCUCUAUCAACCUUCUUUCGGCGGCCAUCCUCGCCUGCCUGCCAUUUACCGCUCACGCAACCGUCGCAGAGGAUGUGGCUCCAGCUUUGGGCGUAAGCCCCGAGGAGGUCUCUAAGCUAAUUGCGUCUCCUGAUACCUCCGAUAUCAACGUUAUCGACUGGACUCAUCCUCUCGGAGUGAACUUCGCUGAUGGUCUCACCUGGGAUAAAGAGACAAAGAAGACCUACCUCCAGGACAUUAAGCAUAUACUUGAAGGAAACCUGGAUCAUCAGGUUUCCAAGCGCCAAUCCAAUGCUGCUCGUGAAUCUGUUAAAGCGACUUCCCGGAGGGCUUUAACUGAGCGCGAUAAUAGGCAUCGUAGGCUUAUUGAUUUGUCUUGCGCCAAGCGCUCCAAGACCGCUUGCCUCGUGUGCAAAGGUCUUUGCGGUGUUGCCUACGCCAGCGCCGACGGCAUUUGUAGUACUACUGCCCUUGGAGCUGCGGCUGGCACUGGCGGUGCUUUCUCUGUCCCCGCUAGCAUUGCCCUUGCUAGUUGCUUGGGUCUUGCUACUUCAGCUUACGGCGCUUGCGUGACGACUUGUGUCAAAUCGUAA